AUGGCGUGGCCGCCGCGGGUGGAAGGAGGCCGGCGCCUGCGGCGGUGUGAACCGCAGCAGCAGCUGGUCUACUUCUCGUACCCUGCAGCUGCCGACACGGAGGGCGGCGGCAAAACGACGGCGGGGGCGUCGGUGGUGGUGUGCUCGAUCUGCCUGGAGGCGCUGGUGGGCGGGGCGGAGUGCAGCGAGGCGCCGGCGUGCCGGCACGUGUUCCACCGGGGCUGCCUCGCGCUGUGGAUGACGAGCAACAGCACCUGCCCGCUCUGCAGGAGGCCUCUCGUGCCGGGGUCAGAGCCCCUCUGGGCUGCCGAGGCCAUGGUUUAG